GUCUGUGGAGCAGAUCUGACGGACUGCUGGACUGGAGCAGCUGAGGAAAGUGAAUGGGGACAGCGACAUGUCAUUGAGAGCGCCAUAAUCGCCCAAACGCCGAUAUUUGAACGAGUUCUUCCACCGCCUUUCGCAAGACUACAAAGAGCGGCUUGGUUCCCAGCUGAAUAGCUUUGGAGACAUUGAUUAAGUUGGAGUUUAUGAGAGAAAUAUCGAUUAGACACCGCUGAGGCGACCCUGUCACUGGAUGGACGACAGAGAGCUUGUUCGUACACGAGCCGCCUGAAGAGAGAGACAGCCGUUUGUCCGCGUUUCUCUCACGAAUCCCCCUGCAUGCUGACUGAUAACGACAAAAUAUUGGUUUUAGACUCCAUUUUAUUUUGAAGAUAUGGAAAAGGACGAGGAAUCCCCUUCAAAAUGAAAACAUGAAGUCGUCAUUAAUGCGGAUUUAAAUGUGUCGCGCUGAGGGUAACGGACGCGCGUUUCCUCCUCCUCACGCUCUCCAAGCUGCUGCAUUUAUCACUCAAAAAUAACAUUCACACUGAGCAGACGUGGAUAGCAAAAUAGAGAAGUAAGGAGAGGGAUAUUUGAAUCAAUAUGGCUGAUGGCUGGGGCUGGGGGCGCAGGCAGGAGCUCUCCAAAGCUUCUUCUCAAUGCUAGUUGUGGCAGAUGGCAACGGAUCCUAUGGCAGCAGCUCUAGAAUGAGUAGUAAUAUCAAUCUGAAUAAAAACAAGGACUCUUCUGUCUCUAUAUCGAAGAUGGACCUGAUCAUCCCGUUCUCACCAGAAGUACCCUGUGACAACAAUGGUCAGCGCAUGUGGUGGGCUUUCCUCGCCUCAUCCAUGGUGACGUUCUUCGGGGGUCUCUUCAUCAUCCUCCUGUGGAGGACCCUUAAGUACCUGUGGACGGUCUGCUGCCAUUGCAACAUCAAAAACAAGGAGGCACAGAAGGUGAAUAACCCUAUGAACAGUCAGGCUGAUGGCCCAACGAAGAACCAGAAUGAUAAAGAGGACGUCCCAGUCAGCGAGGUGGGCUGGAUGACCUCAGUCAAAGACUGGGCGGGGGUCAUGAUCUCAGCACAGACCCUUACUGGCAGAGUUCUGGUGGUGUUGGUCUUUGCACUCAGCAUCGGAGCUCUGGGAAUAUACUUCAUAGAUUCUUCGGAUCCUAUAGAAUCCUGUCAGAAUUUCUACAAAGACUUCACAUUACAAAUUGACAUGGCAUUCAACGUGUUCUUCUUACUCUACUUUGGCCUGCGCUUCAUAGCAGCUAAUGAUAAGCUGUGGUUCUGGUUGGAGGUGAACUCAGUGGUGGACUUCUUCACCGUACCGCCUGUGUUUGUGUCAGUGUAUCUGAACAGGAGCUGGCUGGGUCUGAGGUUUCUAAGAGCCUUGAGAUUGAUACAGUUCUCAGAAAUUUUACAAUUUUUGAAUAUCUUAAAAACAAGUAAUUCCAUCAAGCUGGUGAACCUGUGUUCCAUCUUCAUAAGCACAUGGCUCACUGCUGCAGGAUUCAUUCAUCUGGUGGAAAACUCAGGGGAUCCAUGGGAGAACUUCCAAAACUCUCAGCCGCUCUCAUAUUGGGAAUGUGUGUACUUAUUAAUGGUCACUAUGUCCACGGUGGGAUAUGGAGACGUCUAUGCAAGAACCACUCUUGGACGCCUUUUCAUGGUCUUCUUCAUUCUCGGUGGUCUGGCCAUGUUUGCUCGCUACGUGCCAGAAAUUGCUGCUCUCAUCCUUAAUCGGAAGAAAUACGGAGGGAGUUAUAACUCAACACGAGGCAGAAAGCACAUUGUGGUCUGUGGUCAUAUCACGCUCGAAAGUGUUUCCAACUUCCUCAAAGACUUCCUACACAAGGACAGGGAUGAUGUCAAUGUAGAAAUCGUUUUUCUUCAUAAUAUUUCCCCUAAUCUUGAGCUGGAAGCCUUGUUUAAACGUCACUUCACUCAGGUGGAGUUCUAUCAAGGAUCGGUCCUCAACCCACAUGAUCUAGCAAGAGUGAAAAUUGAGUCAGCGGAUGCCUGCUUGAUUCUUGCAAACAAAUACUGUGCAGACCCUGAUGCUGAAGAUGCCUCUAAUAUCAUGAGAGUAAUAUCUAUAAAGAACUACCAUCCAAAGAUCAGAAUAAUCACUCAAAUGUUGCAGUACCACAACAAGGCCCAUCUGCUAAACAUUCCCAGCUGGAACUGGAAGGAGGGUGAUGAUGCGAUCUGCCUGGCCGAGCUGAAGGCAGGCUUCAUAGCCCAGAGCUGCCUGGCACAGGGCCUGUCCACCAUGCUCGCCAACCUCUUCUCCAUGAGGUCAUACAUCAAGAUUGAGGAGGACACAUGGCAGAAGUAUUAUCUGGAGGGAGUGGCCAAUGAAAUGUACACUGAGUACCUGUCCAGUGCCUUUGUGGGGCUUUCAUUUCCUACAGUUUGUGAGCUGUGCUAUGUGAAGCUCAAGUUGUUGUUGAUCGCUAUUGAAUACAAGUCAGAGCAGAGGGAAAGCAGUAUUCUGAUCAACCCGGGGAAUCACGUAAAGAUGCAGGAGGGGACACUGGGAUUCUUUAUCGCCAGCGACGCCAAAGAGGUGAAAAGAGCAUUUUUCUACUGCAAAGCAUGUCAUGAUGACAUCACAGAUCCCAAAAGGAUUAAAAAGUGUGGCUGCAAGAGAACCAAGAUGUCCGUCUACAAGCGAAUGAAACUGGCAUGUUGUUUUGAUUGCGGGCGCUCUGAGCACGACUGCUCGUGCAUGUCAGGCAGUGUACAUAGUAACAUGGACAGUCUUCAGAGGGCCUUCCCACUUUCUUCUGUCUCUGUUCAUGAUUGCUCAACCAGUUUACGUGCCUCCAAAUACAAGUUUAACGGAUAUGUCAGAUCACUCGAAGAUGAGCAUCCGUCAACACUGUCGCCCAAAAAGAAGCAACGCAAUGGAGGCAUGCGAAAUUCACCCAACUGCUCACCCAAAAUGACGAGACAUGACCCUCUACUCAUUCCGGGAAAUGAGCAGAUUGAGAACAUGGAUACAAGUGUGAAAAGAUACGACUCUACUGGAAUGUUUCACUGGUGUCCAUCCAACGAUAUUGAGAAGGCCAUUCUGACACGCAGCGAGGCCUCCAUGACGGUUUUAAGUGGACAUGUGGUAGUCUGUAUAUUUGGAGAUGUCACGUCAGCUUUAGUGGGACUUCGAAACUUGGUGAUGCCUUUGAGAGCAAGCAACUUCCAUUUCCACGAGCUAAAGCCCAUCGUGUUUGUGGGCUCAUUAGAUUAUCUGAAAAGAGAGUGGGAAACCCUUCACAACUUCCCCAAAGUCUCCAUCUUACCUGGUACACCAUUAAGUCGAGCUGAUUUAAGGGCCGUCAACAUCAACCUCUGUGACAUGUGCGUUAUCCUGUCAGCCAAUCAGAGCAAUAUCGACGAUGCUUCACUGCAGGACAAGGAAUGCAUCUUGGCGACUCUUAACAUCAAAUCUAUGCAGUUUGAUGACAGCAUUGGGAUCUUGCAGGCUAAUUCCCAAGGUUUCACACCUCCGGGGAUGGAUAGGUCAUCUCCAGAUAACAGUCCAGUGCACGGCUUAGUGCGGCAGACAUCCAUCACCACGGGAUCAAACAUCCCGAUCAUAACUGAACUUGCUAAGCCUGGCAAACUACUGCCUUUGGUUUCAUUCAGUCAGGAAAAAAACAGUGGAAACAACAUACAAAUGAUAACAGAACUGGUGAAUGACUCCAACGUUCAGUUUUUGGACCAAGACGACGAUGACGACCCAGAUACGGAGCUGUAUCUGACCCAACCGUUUGCCUGCGGUACCGCGUUCGCCAUCAGUGUGUUGGACUCCCUGAUGAGUGCGACAUACUUCAAUGAUAAUAUCCUCACCCUGAUCCGCACACUGGUCACAGGAGGCGCCACUCCGGAGCUGGAGGGCCUGCUAGCUGAGGAGAACGCGCUGAGAGGUGGCUACAGCACGCCGCAGACGCUGGCUAACAGGGACAGGUGUCGGGUCGCCCAGCUGGCCCUCUACGAUGGGCCCUUCGCAGACUUGGGGGAUGGCGGUUGCUACGGAGACUUGUUUUGUAAAGCAUUAAAAACAUACAACAUGCUGUGCUUUGGAAUCUAUAGAUUGCGAGAUGCACAUUUAAGUACACCAGGCCAGUGCACAAAAAGGUAUGUCAUCACAAACCCACCUUAUGAGUUUGAGCUGGUGCCCACGGACCUGAUCUUCUGUCUGAUGCAGUUUGACCACAAUGCGGGCCAGUCCCGAGUGAGCCUGUCCCACUCCUCUCAUUCCUCUCAUUCAUCCAGCAAGAAGAGCUCGUCUGUUCACAUCCCCGCCACGAAUCGGCAGAACCGCAGCAGCAAAGCACGUGAAGCCCGUGACAAACAGAAUGCAACAAGGAUGAAUAGAAUGGGCCCAGAAAAGAGAUGGUUUACAGAUGAAGCAGAAAACGCAUACCCAAGGAACAUUCAAAUCAAGCCCAUGAGCACUCACAUGGCCAACCAAGUCAAUCAAUACAAAUCCACUAGCAGUCUGAUUCCACCCAUCCGAGAAGUCGAAGAUGAAUGCUGAACGAAUCCCCGGCCUUUACCAUUAUGGAGGGAUUUGGGUCAUCCUGCUGUAAAAGAUGAGCGCUAAUC